CGUGGCACACUUUCAGUAUCCUUGGCCCUCCAACUCUUGAAGACUGUUUCAACAAAAUGGCUUCCAAAUACAUUUCAGUCAUAUUGGCACUUUACGUUGUGCAGCUUGCCCAGUCAGCCGAGUUGGACAAGCGAGGUCUGCUGGACAGUAUUCCUCUGAUCGGGCCCAUUUUACAAGACGCCGUGGAUAAAGUGACGGAAGCCACAACCAGUUUUACUAAUGACGCCCUGGCGUCGCUCGGUGCAGGCGUCACUCAAGCCGAGAGCAUCGUGCAGAACUACACCGAGCAGGCCACGGCGGUGAACGAAGCAGCCAAGGGACCCCUGGAGAGUUUGCUGCAGUCGGUGAUUGACAAGAUAAAGUCAAUCAAGGACAAUGACAAGCAGUAUACCCAGAACAGCACAAUGUGCUUGGUGGGGCAGAAGGAAAAUGCAGAAAGUAUCGUCCAGCGAGCAGCGACAAACAUCUUCGGCUGCACCCAGGCAGUCAUCCAGGACUCCGUGGUGUUGUUUGCCGACAUCCAGAACCUCAACAACCAAGGCAAAGCUCUGGCAGGCAGCGUGCCCCAGGAGAUCGUCACUUGUUUCUCGAGCGGCGUGACGAAAAUACUGCGUUGCAUGCAGGAUCUGGCCGGAACUGUCAUAGCAAGGUUCCUGCUGCUGCUGUCCUCUCUACUGACCGAUGCUUACAAACUGACAGACCAAGGCAUACACCUGCCGGCCAACCUGACCCAGUGCGGCGUUGCUCAGAUUCUCAAGGCCACAGCAGAAGUUGGAACAAUCAUUACGAACACAGGAGAAUGCAUUAAGAAAAUCGCCCAGAUUUCAUAAACAUAGACGAGUAGAAGAAAAUUGUUAUAUCCUAUUACGUAUGUCUACGGAGUGCAUCUAAACAAAACACGGUCUAGAGGCGACAGGGCUCGCUUCACAGUCCAGGGAAAUUCUCUUUGCUCGGUGCACAUGUAUCCCUUCAUUGCAACGCUAGUAGGCUGAGAUACAUUGGACAAGACAGAAACGUGGGCGUGUUGCGAACUCGCUUUGCUACUCCCCCCUCGUAGGUUUAUACGCACUCCACAGACAUGGGUGAAAUACAGGCUGAAAUUUAUAUCGUUACUUAACCCACUGACAUACUUCGAAGACUCAGGGACGUCCAGAUGAUCGUAAGGUCAUGUACUGUGUGCAGCUGUGGAGAAUCACUGGAUGAAAAUCGAAAUAUCGAUACUAUCGAUUUUGAAUUUAUCUUACUUCUGUAUUUAUAUUUCCUGUAUAUGUAAUUAUAUGAUGUAUCAGUGGGUUUAAAUCACUUUGCCUUCGACGCAUACUUUAAUUAUUCAAUUCUAACCUUCCGUUUGGAGUUAAUUGUAAGUACAGCAAUGGAAUUAUCAGCCUUGUAGGCUAUGACACCAUGAAGUCUGGUAGGAGGUUACCGACAUUUCAGAAAAAACAUGCCAUCUUCAGCAGCAGAGCAGAAGUGAAGAUGUAGGUUGCAUAUUCCUCCUCCUAAACGCUGUAACAACCUACCAGGCUUCAUGAUGUCAACCCAG